AUGUCAAACCGGACGAUCACGCGUAAAGGGGACCUGUCCAUCUUUAAUAGAGACCCUCCCUCGUGCUUCUCUAAUCGUGUGGCAAGAGUUCGCCGUUGUAAUAGCUUGGAAGACAGACGACUGCAGGACCAACUUCGAUCGAUACACUUAGAACACGUGAUAAGAAAUCGCAACAUCUUCAAAGAACAGCAAACACUGGUAAAGCAAUUGAAUGGUAUUCAAACAGUGCGGGAAACACCGCAAAUAGGACUAGAAAGGCGGAGGUUACAACAGGUCAGUCCCGUGUAUCCCAAUUUAGCACAGCGAAGCGGAAACUCGACUAAAUUAGUCCAUGAACGGGCUAAUUCCGCCCAGCCACCUUCGGUAAGAAGCCAUUCACCGUCCCUUGCUAGGCAGUGUAGUGCCGUCACGCCAUUCCCCAGUCCAGAUUGCAGGUGUAGUUACACAGGACACCGUAUGCGUCGGUCUCAUACUUUAACAACGAGUCCGCAUGAAACAUUCAAAAGAUCAGCCACAGUUCCUUUAUUCACAUCGUUCGGCGAAUUAAGAGAAAAUUCGGGUCCGAAUUCAAUGCAUUUAACAGACUUCAAGGAAGACCACGAUGAAUUAGCAAACCCGUUAGCAGCGAGGACACAUAUCAGGUUGAAAUCCUGUCGGUUGCCAAUUAUUGGCAAUAAAUAG